AUGUGUUUGUGUGUUGCGCUAAGAACUGGUGACUUGAGACUCUUAUCAAGGAACUUGAUUGCGUUUCAAAUCUUUUUCGUGGAAGUGAUGAUGGAACCUCAACAGAGGUUGUGUCUGAAGGAGACAGAAGAGAGGAGGAGGAGUAAGCUGGAGGAGUUGAAGAAGUUUGAGAACUCGCAUUUUGAUUACAGGAACAUGAAGCUGAGGAUGGAGUCUGAGAUUGCAGGGUUGCUGAAGAGAUUUGGGUAUGCAACAGCGACAAGGACUCUAGCUGGACAUGUCACGCAGUUGGAAGAAGCCAAUGACUGCUGCUGCUUUCUCUUGAUUACGCAUAGAAGGAAUAUGGAGAAGGAAGAAUGUUACAGGGAGAACUUCUUUAAGAACCCCUCCAUUGGAGGAGGAAAAUUUUAUGUCCAUUAA